AUGUCUGACGAACCUCUCUUACUAGAUCUUGGAGAUGCUAUAUUCUGUAACCACCGAGAGAUUUGUGAAAAGGAAUUGACGGAUUUAGGAUCCUACAGGUAUUUUGGGGGUACUUCUAAUGGUAAGUACCACGGCCACGCCAACUAUUUUGAUGAAAAUAAUAACCUAAAAGCUACUGUAAAUUAUGAAGAGGGAAAGCGUGUGGGACCUUUUACUGUAUAUAAGAAGGAUAACGCUAUUUUUUGCUUUGGCUCAUAUAAUGAUGGUGGAAGAAUCGAAAAGAUAUCGUAUCGUGGUGAUAGGGGUCUUUAUACCUGGAACUGUGAAGGUGAAUUACAUUGCUCUUUAAAGAUGAUUUCUGAUGGAAUUAUAUACCGUUUUAAUGUUAAUAGCGAAGGAAAUGCUGAUGGUAAUGGAGAAAUGGAGGGGAAUGGGCAGAAGGCUGAUGUUGAGUUUGAAAAUGGGCACAUUAAGAAAUCCCCCAAAUGCAAAUGUUAUACGAGCUAUCUCGUUACAAUCGGUCUCAUUAUAUGUGGUGUUGGUAUAUGCUAUUACCUGUAUUUCAAGUUUCAUGUUUUUUAA